UUACAAACCAAAAAGUCUUCUCCACUAUUCCUUCUCCAUUUUCCAUUUUAUUUUAUGCUUCCCAAUUUCUUGUCUCCCCAAUACGUACCCUAAUCCACUUCAAAUCCUUGACUAGUUCGCGUUUGGGUGUGACGGAAAAGUAACUAAUUACUCCGGCGUCUAUGUGAAAUUACCAUAAAAAUCCCAGUAAUUAUGAGCUGCAAUGGCUGCCGAGUCCUUCGAAAGGGAUGCAGCGAUAACUGUAUUCUUAGAGCCUGCUUGCAGUGGAUCGAAUGCGCCGAAGCCCAGGGCCACGCCACCCUCUUCGUCGCCAAGUUUUUCGGCCGCGCCGGUCUCAUGUCUUUCAUCUCCGCCGUACCGGAAAACCAGAGACCCUCUCUGUUCCAAUCUUUGCUGUACGAAGCGGUGGGAAGGACGGUGAACCCGGUGAACGGAGCGGUGGGGUUAUUAUGGAGCGGGAACUGGCACGUGUGUCAAACGGCCGUGGAAACCGUCCUCCACGGUGGCGCGUUGGAGCCGAUCCCGGAGAUAGUUGGCAGCACGGCGGAGGUUGGAGAGGCCUCGGGGUGCACCGACACAUCGAAGGGUCGAGAUCUUAGUCGAAACGCCGCCGCACGUCCGAACAAAAUCCAGAAACGACGCCGUUUCACAGAUGGACGGCAAUCGGGUGACCUCCGGCUGGCCGAUCUUAAUCUCGGCUUACACCUGCAGGGUCGUCACCAGACCUUCAAUUCGAAGGGGCAUAACAGUACUAGCCCGUUGCCGGAGAGACGGCGGCCGGAGACUCCGUCGAUGAACUCCGAGGAGUCUGUGACGACCGCUUGUUUCGACGGCCAUUCUGGCGGUGCAGGGGAUCAUUACGGAGGAGGAGAACCCAAACUUUUAAACUUGUUCAUCAAUUAAUUCAUGAAUUAAUUUUAUGUUUUUUUUAAUGUUUUUUUUUUUGUGUUCAGGGAGUUUUGGAAAAAAACAUUUGGCGCAGGAUUCCCUUUAAUUUUUUUAUUCUGCCAAAAUAAAAUAUGGCAGUGGAGAAAAUGAAAGGGAAAAUGAAAGUAUGCCAAUAAUAUGCCCUGAAUUGAUCGGUUGAAUCAGAACGGUUGAGAAUGAAUAAAAGUCAGUGCUUUUGCUUUUAUCUUA